GAUUCUGGAUUAACCAUGAAAGACUUAAUGAACAUUCCACUCGUACAUAUCUUCAUCCUGGCGGCCUUCAGCUUAGCUGAAAAACUUCCAAAAGCUCCCCUUAUCAACACUCCUCUGGAAACCGUGGACGCACUAGUAGAAGAGGUCGCUAAAUUCAUGUGUGUAGUGGACUCCUACCCCGAGCCAGAGAUUACCUGGACACGUAACAACAUUCCCAUCAGGCUGUUUGAUACACGAUACAGCAUACAAGAGAAUGGGCAGCUUCUGACCAUUCGCAGCGUAGAGGACAGCGAUGAUGGAGUAUACUGCUGCUCAGCUGACAAUGGAGUUGGAGUGCCUGCAAGAAGCUGUGGGGCUUUACAGGUGAAAAUGAAACCUAAAAUAACUCGUCCUCCUGUAAAUGUAAAAAUAAUAGAAGGAUUAAAGGCUGUUCUUCCUUGCACUACCAUGGGGAAUCCCAAACCUUCUGUCUCUUGGAUCAAGGGAGAAACUGUUCUAAAGGAAAAUGCUCGGAUUGCUGUUCUGGAAUCAGGGAGUCUAAGGAUCCAUAAUGUUCAAAGAGAAGAUGCAGGACAUUAUCGCUGUCUAGCAAAGAACAGCCUGGGCACAGCCUAUUCGAAACCCGUCACAAUGGAUGUGGAAGUUUUUGCCAGAAUCCUGAAGGCUCCUGAAUCCCACAAUGUCACCUUUGGGUCUGUGGUGACUCUGCGGUGCACGGCAACGGGCAUUCCCAUUCCCACUGUCACGUGGCUUGAAAAUGGAAAAGCUGUUUCUGCAGGAUCUAUAGUUGAAAGCGUGAAAGACAGAGUGAUUGACUCCCGACUGCAAGCGUACGUCACCAGGCCAGGCUUGUUCACUUGCAUUGCCACCAACAAACACAGCAAAACCUUUGGCACCGCAAAAGCUGCAGCGACUAUCAGUGUGUCAGAAUGGAGCAAACUCUACAAGGGUGAUACAGGCUACUGCAGCACGUACAGAGGUGAGGUGUGUAGUGCUAUCUUGGUGAAGGAUGCUCUUGUUUUCUUCAACUCCUCCUAUGCUGACCCAGAGGAGACCCAAGAGCUGCUUGUUCACACUGCCUGGACUGAACUGAAAACGGUGAGUUCAUUCUGCCACCCGGCUGCUGAGUCUCUGCUGUGUAACUACAUCUUCCAGGAGUGCAAUCCCUCAGGAGUUGGACCGGCUCCAAAGCCCGUGUGCAGAGAGCAUUGCCUUGCGGUAAAGGAUCUCUACUGCUUUAAGGAAUGGCUCUCACUGGAGGAGAACUCCCAGAAAGGGAUUUACAAACCAGGAUUAAUGCUGCUCGCUCUACCUGAAUGCAACAGACUUCCCAGCCUGCACCAGAACCCCAAGGCCUGCACCAGGAUUCCAUAUUUCGAUUUUGAGACAGAAAAUACAACCACAACUUGCUACAAAGGCAAUGGCAGGUUCUACCAGGGUUCUGUCAAUGUCACAACCUCAGGCAUUCCUUGCCAGAAGUGGAGUGAACAGGUACCCCAUUUGCACAGAAGGACCCCUCAGGUUUUCCCAGAGCUGUCAAAUGCAGAAAACUCUUGCCGUAAUCCAGGAGGGGAAAACGAACGUCCCUGGUGUUACACAAAGGACCAUUCUGUAAACUGGGAAUACUGCAGUGUGCCUCUUUGUGGAGAGGUAUCCAUAUCACCAGGAACCAAAAAACCAAGUGUAGAGACUCCCAAUCUCCCUUCCUCUUUCUCCCCCACCUACUCCAUGACUGUCAUCAUUUCCAUCAUCUCCAGCUUUGCAUUGAUAGUGAUUCUCAUUAUCAUUGCUCUUGUUUGCUGCCGAAGGCGAAAACAAUGGAAAAACAAAAAGAGGGAGUCACAAGCACCAGCGCUAACCACUCUUCCAUCAGAGCUCCUAUUGGACAGACUUCAUCCUAACCCCAUGUAUCAGCGCAUACCCCUCCUCCUGAAUCCUAAACUACUCAGCCUGGAAUACCCAAGAAACAAUAUUGAAUACGUGAGAGAUAUUGGAGAAGGAGCGUUUGGAAGGGUCUUUCAAGCAAGGGCUCCUGGAUUGCUUCCUUCUGAGCCAUUCACAAUGGUGGCAGUGAAAAUGCUAAAGGAAGAAGCUUCGGCAGACAUGCAGGCUGAUUUCCAGAGGGAGGCGGCUCUCAUGGCAGAAUUUGAUAACCCAAAUAUCGUCAAACUGUUAGGGGUGUGUGCUGUUGGGAAACCCAUGUGUCUCCUGUUUGAAUACAUGGCUUAUGGGGAUCUCAAUGAGUACCUACGCACUCGCUCGCCACACAACCUCUGCAGCCUGAGCCACGGUAACCUUGACGCCAGGAUCAGGCUCUCCAAUCCCAACCCCCUCGCUCUGUGCUGCACCGAUCAGCUUGGUAUUGCCAAGCAGGUGGCUGCGGGCAUGGCGUACCUCUCAGAGCGCAAGUUUGUGCAUCGGGAUUUGGCCACCAGGAAUUGUUUGGUGGGCGAGAACAGGGUGGUAAAAAUCGCCGACUUUGGCCUCUCGAGGAAUAUCUAUUCAGCAGAUUAUUACAAAGCCAAUGAAAACGAUGCCAUUCCCAUACGCUGGAUGCCCCCCGAAUCCAUAUUCUACAACCGCUACACCACUGAGUCCGAUGUGUGGGCCUACGGCGUGGUCCUGUGGGAGAUCUUCUCCUAUGGCAUGCAACCCUAUUAUGGGAUGGCUCACGAGGAGGUGAUUUACUACGUGAGAGAUGGCAACGUCCUCUCUUGCCCCGACGACUGCCCUUUGGAGCUCUACAACCUGAUGCGCCUUUGCUGGAGCAAGCUGCCUUCUGACAGGCCCAGUUUCGCCAGCAUCCAUCGCAUCCUGGAGCGUAUAUACGAGAGGGCAGUGGCUGCUAUCCAUGUCUGAGGCGCGUACCGCAGCAUGACAUUUCAUCCUCAUCCCAUGCCGCUGGCCCACUCCUCAGUCACAACUUCCAAGCUGAACCCAAGGGGAGUUUUCUGAGUGAGGGCUGCAGGGUCGAGACCAGUAUGUUUAAUCUGCUAAACCGAAAAGGUAAAGGGGAGAGACUGUAUGGGCCAGAUGGGACUUUGGGAGUGGUGGCUACAUUAGAGGACGACAGUUUUGCUGAGAGCAGAAGCAUCUUGUUCAUCAAUCACAGGGGAAGUUCUCAUUUUGUCUUUAAAAACAGGAUUUAGCUUCUGAACUUAGUGAACUAAUUUGCAGUAGAGUCAAGGCCUAGACUCCCUCGAAAACCAGUGAGUCCAGUCCUUAUUACUACAAAUGAGUUCAAUAGUUACCAUUUAUGAUUUCUAAGGAACAAAACAAAAACACUCCCCUCAAAGCAAAACUUUCUGUUGACUUUAAUUUCCCUGCCUUCCCAUUCUCUCGUGUUUAGCUUUUCCCUCUUUUCCUCAUCCCUUUCUGCUUUCAAAUCUGAUUUUUUUAAAUCUUAUUUUUUUGGUUUCCUUUAAAUUUUUUUGUACAUAUUCACCUCCUUUAAAAAAAAAUCAUAUUCUUUAUCUCAUUUGUUUUUUCUCUUUAAUUUCCUUCUUCCCUCUCACACACUCUAGGAUUUGCCACACAAGAUCAGACCAUUAGCCUGUCGCCUCCUGCACCGAGCAAUGGCCAAUGCAUGAUGCUACAGAGGAAGGGAAACUCCCAUAAUGGGCACUGAUAGCUGCCACUGAAGUCAAUGAGAGUUUGCCUGAGUAAAGCUGACCAUAAAAAGUGAGGGCCAGAUUGGGCCUGCUGCUCGAUAGGUGUGUGGGGAUUUGAGAGGCAGGGUGAGGAAGGGUAUAAAUCUCUGCCCCUGCACAGCACAACACCACUGCAAUUCCUGGAGCACAGGGACUGCUUCCCCCGCUGUACCUCCUAGAUAAGAACCCCCUCAAGACAAGGUAGGGUCCCUUCCCUACCACUAUGCACUGGCUGUGGGAGCAGGCCAGACACACAGGCGAGAGUAGGCUGCCUCCCCUGAAGGGAUCCAACAGUGGGAGCCCUCCUCCUGCAUGUGGGUUGCCUUGGAAGGAGUGCUGCGUCUCCAAGGUGGAGUUCCUCUUUGUGCUCCAGGUAGGGAAAAAUGGGUCCAUGUAGCCUCCAACAAAGGACUCACAGGCUCAAGUGAGCCCUCAGUAAGGACGUUGGCCCUUCAAAAUUUUGCCUAACAUAAAAUUUAUCCAAUGAUGAACCCUUGAAGGGAGGAACAAAAUGAACACUUGAGCAGGCUGGGCUAUCUCAGCAAAGGAAAGAGUUUAAAAAUGAACUUGCAAGUUGUUUCAUCAUAUUGUCUGCCAAGGGCAAUUUGAAUGAUGGCUCAGACAGAACAAUAGUUAGACUCAGGAGUGGAGGAUGGAAAUUUUCUAUUCACUCUUUGUCCCAGUGAGCCCUGUUAAGCCCUUAUGAAAUACUCUGUUUAGCUGAGAAGUCACAAGAAAUUGAAUACUUUUUUAAAAACCCUGCUCCGUUACUUUCACAACACGUCAGUUUUGUUAUGUGCACAAGUAAUGCUGAAAUAUUAUUCUGAUGAUGUUACAAUCUUUGUCAAUGCAUACUGGAUGGUUGUAUAAUUUGUGUUAACCUUUGAGUUAUAAACUCAUCCUGAGUCACACUUUUAUACACCUCAAUAGGAGCUCAUGAGUUCUACAUGCAGAAAAAGGGCAGGAUUAGGUUCUAAACCUGUUCCCAGUAAGAUAUUUCCUAGUAAUACACUCCAAAUAAAAACUGUACUUAUACACUAGCGGUGCUCACCAUACGUUUUUAAAUGCCGUGGAUUAAAAAUGAUGGUGUUCAAAUCUAAUCUCCAAGAACAGGGGAUGCGGAGGGGAGAGGAGGAUUUUUACAAGCACUCAGUUUUUUGCCUGAUUCUGCUCCUGUUGACGUCAAUAGUGCAAUUCUCAGAUCACAAUGACAGCAGUUAGGCAAAUGCUGAGCGCUUGUGGAAAAAAAGUAACACCCCAGAUUGAUAGGCCUUGUGCAUAGAGGUGAAUUUCACUCUUAAUGGAAGCAGCUAUAGAGCAAGAGCGUCGUCCUGUGGAGAGGGAUAAAUUCAAUUUUAAAUUAUGGUUCAAGGGCUGGGGUGUAAGUUUAGGCCUAAAUACUCCCCUCAAUCUGCAGCACAACUCCCACCGACUUCUUAGAUUGCACCAAGGUCAAGGGUAAUAUGUGGCAAUGUAGUAACUAAACUCUUACUUAUUAUCAUUCAUUACUGGUUCAGAGUCUUCUCAUCACAUCCAAUAUCACUCUAAAAAAAUACCCUCUCCUUUAGCAAUGCCAUUGUUUCCUCUUGUUUUCUCAUCCCCACGUGUUUUCUCUCCCUCUUCCCAGUCUAUGUGUCGUCUCUAUUUUUCCUUCUCUGCUGCAGAUCCCAGUUCCCAUAUGUAGGCUUUACUCCCAACCCUUUUUAUGUUCCUUGUGCUAAAAUUAUCAGCAAGGAAACAGUUGGUGCUGAUAUGUAGAGUGUCACUAGGAGACAACAGAUGAAUUGGGGUGCCAGGGAGUUCAUACCUUUGGCAGCUAUUGUUUCAGGCUGUCUGCACACUCAGGAAGACAACACUGCAUCAGUUUUUUGUGGUUCAGAUCCAGCCUGCAGACAUCUCUGACCUAGGCUAGAGAGUUUACAGCAGCGGAGCUGCACCGAUGCGGAGCUGCCUGUAAGCUCUCCAACGUAACCGCCCUAAGUCAGCGGGAGAGCUGUCUCCCGUCAGCUUAACGACUCCAGCCCCGCGAGCAGUGGUAGCUAUGUUGGCAGGAGAAGCUCUCCCACAGACAUAAGUGCCAGUGUGGACAGCGUUUAGUCAGGGUAACUUACACCGCUCAUGGGGGUGGCUUUUUCACACCCCUGAGCGACAUAAAUGGUAGCACAGCAAGUGCUACGAUAGACAUAGCCCUAAAGUUUCUUCUCUGGUAAAGCUACUCAGGAUCCCUGCAGGUGUUGUUUUUUCUGAGGAAAAUUUUAAUAUUUUCUGAACCAAUUUUUAUCUCUUGGUUCCCAGAGAAGAGAGAGAGGGAAAAUUAUUCAGCUUAGACUCUGGGAUCCCAUAGUUAUAUCUAAUAUGUGACACAUUGUUCAUCCCAGCAAAAUGGAUGCUCUAGAGUAGUAAUUAAUGGGCCAGCGUGACUUCUGUGUUUUGUCAAGCUGUUUGCUUUCGUCUAGGAGUCACCACAGAAGUGAGGCCAUUUAGGGGUCUCAAAAGUGGGAUUUAUUAGUUGGAAAAUAACCAGAAAUAAAGCCAGCCAUAAGGAAAGCAAUGCUGAAAAGCAAUGCAGUGCCCUAAGUUUUUAUAAACUGCGGUUUCAGCUCUGCUCCAUGAUGUAGUCAUAUGUUUUUUUACAUAACCAUCACUCAGAACAUUUUGGUGACAGCCACAAGAGCGUGGCUUAGUGUUUAUAAACCACUAAGGCCACCCAGAGGAUUCAGGGGGCCUGGGGCAAAGCAAUUCCAGGGGCCCCUUCCAUAAAAAGUUGCAAUACUAUAGAAUACUAUAUUCUUGUGGGGGCACCUGCAGGACCCAGGGCUUGGGGCAAAUCCCUCCCCUCCCCCCCCGGGCAGUCCUGUAAACCACUGCUGCUUAUUUCACCUAGGAGCUCGCCAUUACCAGAAACAGUGCAAAGAAAUAAGCUGCUUCCUCUGGCCAUAGUAGGGAGCAGCAGUCCCUGCUAUGGGAUGUUGUGAUAAGAGCGCGAGGGCACAUGUAAAUUGUACAGUUACCAACACUGCAGUGUGUAGGCCCAGUAGUCUCCCAGCCACUCUGUUGACUGAGAACUGCUUACAUAGGUCGGGACUCUGAUAUAAUAUCAAGAACCACUGCUCCAGUAGAAGAAUGAUCUCUGCUACUUACAUGGUCUUCAUUACCACAGUAUUUGAGGCUAGAGAAGUGCUAUAAUCCUAUUUUACACUAGAGUAACUGAGGCACAGACUCCACAAAGAGACUAAGUGACUUGCUCCAAGUGACACAGGAUGUCUGCUGCAGAGCAGGCACUAGUGCCGAGGUCUGCUGAGUCCCAGGCUGGUACCCCCCCGCUGGCCUAUCCUUCCUGCUCUAAAAAGGAAGGACAGUCUUGUGAUGAAGGCACUCAGGUAAUCUAAUUUCAGGCCCUGGCUCUGUCAUACACUUCCUGCAUGACAGUCAGUAUCCUCUCUUCUAAGUAAACACUUCUGUGACACAAGCACCUCUAUCUAUCCCAGGUACCACUCCUCCCUAAAGGUAGCAAGAGUGGAUUUAGAUGUACAGAGCGGCUGUACUCUAAACAAAUAAAUACAUUUAAAGCUUGAGAGAUUGAACCUGCAUUUUCUCUUUCUAUGAUUCCAGUGCUGGCUUCAGCUGAUCACCCCUCCUCCUUUCCCUUCACCUGGCGUAGGAAGUCCUGAAACCCUGACUGCUGUCUCCAUGCUGCUUUAAUGAUGUUUGCAGCCCGCCCAGUUAAAAGCUCAUAAUCUCACAUGCUAUAAUCUUUCCUCACCCCGCACCUGAAAAAGCGGAUUCUCACUGGAAUAAUACCCCUUUUUGUUGCACUUUCCUGACCAAGUCCUUCACUCAGUGACACCGUUUCAGCCCCAUUAAGGUCAAUAGGGAUGGACCGGUGCAAACAAGAGGAGAAUUUGGUUGUCCUUGUCCAGCAUUCCAGCCUUUGCAAUAUAAGAGUAAACCUGAAAUCUAUGGUAGUUAGCCAUUGUUCUUUUAAAUGCAACAAAGAAUGUUUCCACCCUUUUGCUAGGAAAAGAUCUUUUUUCCCCCCCUCCCAUGCAAAAACUUCCCAUGAUAUGGGUAGAACUCACCCUUAUGUAGAGGACCACCAGCACAUUAGGGAACCAUUUAAAUGAUUCCCUAUUUUGGGGGUGUAAGAGGUGCACAGACCUAGUGCUGUGUACAUGGGUGAAUUUUAUCCUGAGGAUUC